ACCAAUUUUUUUUUUUAUAACCGUGGAAUUCUUUUCCGCACCAAAUUUUUUUUUAUAAUCGUGGUUUUUUACAGAUUUGACACAAACUUGUUCUCAACAGAAUUUACAUUAUAAAAAUGAGCUUUAUUAAUGAAAACCAAUUAGUAUCUGAUAAAAAUUCUAAUCCCGUAAAAAUUGAUCAUGAAAAUUGUUAUAACCCAGAUAAUAAAAAAUAUUGGUGUAAAGAAUGUGUUCCUCGUUGCAUAAUUGAAGGAUGGACUAGUGGAAGUGAUGAUAUUGAUAAUUUUAUCAAGGAUACGAUUUAUGAUGCAUGUGAGAAAUAUGUUGGUGAAUAUAAAUAUGGCCCAUCAUUUCUUGAAUGGGUUCCAUUUGAUAGAUUUAAAGAUAUGAAAGAAAUAGGUGAAGGUGGAUUUGCAAAAGCGUAUUCUGCAACUUGGACCGAUGGUGAUGCAAAAUACACUAAACAAGAUGAUGGAAAUUGGAUAAAAAGAGAACCUGCACCUUUGGAAAUUGCUUUGAAAAGGCUAAAUGGAUCACAGAUUAUAUCACCUGGUUUUAUAAAUGAGCUUAAAACACAUUGGAAAUUAAAUUGCUCACAAAGUAAUUCUUUAAAAUUUUAUGGAAUGACUAAAGACCCAAAAACUAAAGAAUUUAUUAUGAUUAUGCGAUAUGCAACAGAUGGAAAUUUGAGAAAUAAACUUGCAAGUAAUUUUAACAAAAUUUUAUGGAAACCAAAACUUAAUUAUUUACGUGAGUCAGCAAUGGAUCUUUCAAAUUUACAUGAAUUAGGAUAUUUUCAUGGAGAUUUUCAUAGUGGAAAUAUAUUACAUAUUGGCGAAGGAACUUUUGUGUCAGAUUUUGGAUUAUCUGGACCAUCAAAUGAACAAAAAUCAGAUAAAAAAGUAUAUGGUGUAUUGCCAUAUAUUGCUCCAGAAGUUUUAAAUGGAAAACCAUAUACAUUAUCUUCAGAUAUUUAUAGUUUUGGCGUAGUUAUGGCUGAAGUAUCAUCUGGAAAACCACCUUUUUAUAAAAGAAAUCAUGAUAGUAGUUUAGCAUUAGAAAUAUGUAAUGGACUCAGACCAGGAUUUGGAAAAGGAACUCCUGAAAUUUAUAAGAAAUUAGCUCAUAGAUGUAUGAAUGCUAAUCCAAAUCAAAGACCAACAGCUAUUGAAUUACAUAAUAUAUUAGAUGAUUGGGUGUGUUAUAGUAAUAAUGAAAAAUAUGGAUAUAAAGGAGAAGAAAUUAAAGCUGUAUUUGAAGAAGCUGAUAAAGAAAUACUAAAUAUUUCAACCUUAUAUGAAAAGAAACCUGAUGCUAUUUAUACUAGUAGAGCAUUUACAUUUAAAAAUUUGUCAAAACCCAUUAAUUCAUCUUUUAUUGGUACUACAUAUCUUAAUGAAGAAGAUUGUCAAGAUUCUCAAUUAAUCAACUUAAAGAUUUCUAGCAUAUUAAUAUUAGAAGGUAAAUAUAAUGAUAACUAAAUAAUAUUAUUAU